AUGACCACAUUUUGCUUCUGCCAAAGACUUUACGUGCUUAGCAAGCUCUUUAACCUAUCUGCAGAUAAGGGAAAAACCAUUUUGCAUAACCAAGAUGAAGACCAGCAAUAUGGAGUUAAAGAAGCAGAACCCCUCCUGGUCAGGCAACAUGGCGAAAAAUUGAGUGCCACAGGCAAAAGUUCUCACAAAAAUAGCAAAAAGGAACCACACACUGUAAAAAGGUUUAAUGAAGAAAACUCGGGGAAAAACCAGGCCAGCAGUGAGUAUGUACUUCAUCUGGAGAAAGAUAGCAAGACAACAGAAGUUGCCCUUAACCAAAAGCAUAUGGAAACAAACAAGCUUAACAAAGACAUCUCCAAUAAAUUUAAGAAGGGUACUGAUGUUUUGGAGGUAUUUAGAGUGGAGAAGGAUUUAUUAGUCAAAUUUCUACGAAACUUAGACGUUGGUAGGAAAAACUUCCAUAAAGCUUCUCAAAACAAAGCAAGAUUGACAAAAUCAGGGUCAUUUCCUUUAACCGCAUCUUCACAGAUGAGAAAAGUUAGCUCUAGUACCUUCAAACACAAGGAAAAUGAAAUUUGGGCCUUCCCCAAGGGAGAAAAGUUGCUUGCUGGUACUCAAGCACCAAAAAUGUCUGCAUCCAGUUUUGUGAAAGAUAUUUCUUAUGAGAAGCCAAUGCAUUUAGUUAGUGAUCUUGGCGCGGAUAGUGCCAUGGAACAAAAACCAAGCAUUUCUUCAAGGUCCUCUCAAGGAUUAACUCACAAAGGGUGGAAUCAAUUGGUUCUUCAUCAAUUCAAAGUUAUAAAACAGAAGAUAAAACAUGCUCUUGUGGAAUUCAAAAAAAGUGCUUACCAAACUUCUGUCGAAGCAAUCCACCACACAGAUUCACCUGAAGAUAGCAUUCCCAAUAAUGAGAAAGAGGUCUCACAAAGCUUAGAUGAUGGCAUGAUUCAAGAAUAUAGAAAUAAUAAAAGUUCAAAUGAGACUGAAGCUUCUGACUAUGAUUCCAACAAACAUGAAGUUCCCCUCAUGCGAAGAACAUCCUCUCUAAAUGAAUCACUGGAUAGAUAUACUCAGUUGUUUGAGAAAAGCUUCAGAAAAGAAGUCAAGUGGCAAAGCUCAAAGUCUAAAAGCUUAAAACUGUCAAAUGAGAAUAAGUUUUCUAGAAGCAAUUUGUCUCUGCCUAAUCUUGAGUUUUUAGGCUUCAUUCUACAUGAGGCACUUUCUGAUACAAAUGAUACAGUGGAAACUGAAAAUCAGGUUCAUAGAAAAUCAGUGAGCCUUCAUUUAAAGACAGACAAAUCACCUGAUCAAUUUAAAGAGGCUGAGAUUGCAGAAAUAGUAGAAGGGAGUGACACAAUUGUGAAUCCUAGUCCUUUAUCUGAUAAGGUUGAGGAGAAAAUUGAUGAAGGAGUUACCUAUGACCAAAGGGAGGACAUAUAUGAGCCAGCGGUGGGAGAUGGAAGUUUUCCCCAAGAAAAAGAAGAAAUAAGUAUGACUACCUAUCUUAGCAAGGAGGUAAUGGCGUCUGUUGAAACAAGUUGUGAAGACAAUACAUCCAGCCAUGCAGAAGCUGCAACAGAGAUAAUUGGUGAUUGUUUUGGCCAAAUUAUACCAGGUGGAGAAUUGAAUACCCAAGACUCUACAUUUGACGAAUUGGAGGCUGAUUUACCAAAUGGAGGAAGUGUAUAUUCUUUGCCAGACUCUUUAUCCAACACAAAUGCUAGUGUAGCUGUUGAAGGCACAAACAAGAGUGAUGACAAUCAUUUCCUGCUCUUCAAAUCAGAUGCAGACAACGGUUCCAAUUUCAAAUAUGUGAAAGACAUUCUUGAAUUUUCUGGCUUCAUGGGAAAUGAGAAUAUUCAAAUGCCAUACACAGUAGACCAGCCAAUAAAGCCUUCCUUAUUCAUGGAUUUGGAUGCAUCUUUGAGCAAUGAAAUUAAAUCCUCUGAAGAAGAGAUUAUCAACCCCUAUGAUCACCAACUUAUUUUUAACUUAGUUAACGAGGUGCUCCUUGAAAUAUAUGAGAGGUCACCAACUUACUUCCCAAGGCCCUUCUCCUUCAACCACCGACUCCAUCCAAUGCCUAAGGGGAACUACCUUCUUAAUCAAGUAUGGACUAGUGUUAAUUCAUACCUUAGCUUGAGACCAGAGUUAGAUCAGACAUUAGAUGAUGUCGUGGGUCGUGAUUUGGCAAAAAGAAGUGGCUGGAUGAACCUUCAACAUGAAGAGGAGUGUGUAGCACUUGAACUAGAGGAGAUGAUCAUUGAUGAUUUAUUAGAUGAAAUUAUCUUCUAA